AUGCCUGGGAAAUGUGUUUCAGCUCUUCUUUUGCUGUUACAGCUGAGUUUUCACUUCAGUCCUGUGAAUUGUGGAAAGGUGCUGGUGUGGUCCAUGGAGUACAGUCAUUGGAUGAAUAUGAAGAUAAUCUUGAAUGCACUUGUCCAGCGAGGUCAUGCAGUAACCGUUCUGAGAUCGUCAGCUUCUGUUUUAAUUGAACCCAGCAAUGAGUCAGGAAUUGCAUUUGAAACUUUUCCUACAACUUUCACUAAAGAUGAAAUGGAAGCUUUUUUCAUGAAAUUGAUCAAUACCUUGCUAUAUGAUGUGUCAAGAGAUGAUUAUUGGGAAUAUUUCCCAGUAAUACAAACAAUUUUUUCAAAAUUUUCUGAUAAUCAUGAACAUGUCUGCAGACAACUAGUUUUGAAUAAGAAAAUCAUAGCAAAGCUCCAGGAAUCAAGGUUUGAUGCUCUUCUUGCAGAUCCAAUUGCUCCCUGUGGCGAGCUGCUGGCUGAGCUACUGCACAUCCCCCUCAUGUACAGUGUACGCUUCACUCCUGGCUACACGUAUGAAAGGCAUAGUGGAGGUCUUACAUUUCCUCCAUCCUAUGUGCCUGUUAUUAUGUCAGAUUUAAGCAGUCAAAUGACAUUCACUGAGAGGGUAAAAAAUAUGCUGUUCAUGCUUUAUUUUGACUUUUGGUUCCAAACAUUUAAUGAGAAGAGUUGGGACCAGUUUUGUAGUGAAGUAUUAGGAAGAUCUGUUAGAUUCUCUGAGUUGAUGGGGAAAGCUGAAAUAUGGCUCAUUCGAAGUUACUGGGAUUUGGAGUUUCCUCGCCCAUUACUGCCAAAUUUUCAUUUUGUUGGAGGGCUCCACUGCAAACCUGCUAAAACACUGCCCAAAGAGAUGGAAGACUUUGUGCAGAGCUCUGGAGAAGAGGGAGUUGUGGUGUUUUCUUUGGGUUCAAUGGUCAGUAACCUGACAGAAGAGAGGGCCAAUGUGAUUGCAUCAGCCCUUGCCCAGCUUCCACAAAAGGUUGUUUGGAGAUUUGAAGGCAAGAAACCAGCAUCCUUAGGGUCCAAUACUCGCGUCUAUAAGUGGAUUCCCCAGAAUGAUCUUUUGGGUCAUCCCAAAACAAAACUUUUUGUCACUCACGGUGGAGCCAAUGGCAUCUAUGAGGCGAUCUACCAUGGCAUUCCUAUGGUGGGCAUCCCUUUGUUUGCAGAGCAACAUGAUAACAUUGCCUACAUGAAGACCAAGGGAGCAGCUGUGAGACUGGAGUGGAAAACCAUGUCAAGCACAAAUUUGCUUAAUGCCUUGAGGAAAGUCAUUCAUGAUCCUUUUUACAAAGAGAAUGUCAUGAAGUUAUCAAGAAUUCACCAUGAUCAGCCCAUGAAGCCCCUGGACCGAGCCGUCUUCUGGAUCGAACAUGUCAUGCGCCACAAAGGAGCCAAGCACCUUCGGGUUGCAGCCCACGACCUCACCUGGUACCAGUACCACUCUCUGGAUGUAAUUGGAUUCCUGCUAGCUUGUGUGACAGUCAUCACAUAUCUUGUCACAAAGUUUUGCUUGCUUGUUUAUCAAAAAUUUGUUAAAAGACAAAAGAAGAAAAAGUUAGAUUAG